GUUACUGUAGUGAAGUGAUUUAACUGGAUUAACAAAUACCCGCCAAUUAAUUUAAACCUGAGAAUGAUGAUGAUUUAGCCAACACCCAUUAACUUAUCAUCUCCACCUUCUUGUCUCCCUCAAUUCAUUUAUUAAUCAACUACAAUUCAAAUUGUUGGAACACCACCAGAAACCAUUAACCAAAAUUAAACGAACAUGUUAAAUUAUUUAGUGAAAGAGUUUGAUAAUUUCCUAUCAAAAGGUGACCCUCGAGUCGCUAAUUUACCGUUAAUGUCAAGUCCAUUUCCAGUGGCAGCGAUUUGUCUUGCAUAUGUUUUAUUCGUGAAAAAAAUUGGACCAAAUUUAAUGACCCACCGGAAGCCAUUCGAGGUUCGAACGGCAAUGAUAAUAUAUAAUUUUACGAUGGUCGCAUGUUCAUCGUUCGUUGUUUACACCGAGAUUGUUUACCAUUGGAUUCAACCAGGAACUUCGUUAACCUGUGAUCCAGUUGAUUAUUCAUCUAAUCCAAUUGCCGUGCGAAUUGUUUAUAAUUGUUAUUUUUAUUUCUUAUUGAAAUUCGUUGAAUUUACCGAUACCCUUUUCUUUGUUGUUCGUAAAAAGAACGAUCAAAUUUCUAACCUUCAUGUUAUCCACCAUGGACUUUUACCUUUCUCCGUUUGGUGGGGAGCCAAAUUUGUCCCCGGAGGGCAUGCAACCUUUUUCGGUUUCAUCAAUUCAAUUGUCCACGUAAUCAUGUACACUUAUUACGGUUUAGCCGCGAUCGGACCUUCCAUGAAACCUUACCUAUGGUGGAAAAAGUAUCUCACCAUUUUUCAACUGAUCCAAUUCGUGGCCAUAGGAGUUCACUCAUUCCAAUUGUUCUUACAACCCGAUUGUUCAUUUCCCAAAAUUUUCGGUCUCUGGAUUGGAUCACAUGGUAUUUUAUUCUGGUUCCUAUUCAGUGAUUUUUAUCGUAAAACUUACAAUCGAUUCACCGCAUCCCUUUCAUCAUCAACAUCAUCAUUAAGAUUAUCAUCUAAAUCAUCAAUUCCAUCAGCAUCACCAUCUUCAUGUAAUAAUCAACAACAACAACAACAACAACAACUGAAUGAUUCCAAUGGGAAUUUCAAGAAAGUCAAUUAGUUAAUUAUGUUUUUCUCUAACCUAAUGAAUCUAUUUUUUUACCAAAAUCUAUUUUUUUUGCUCCCAGUUGAUUGUCAACAAUUUUUUUCUCUUCCAAAAUUUCACCUUCCUCCCCAAUCUCACCCACUAUUCCCACUCUUCUCACUCUUCCCACUCUACCCAAAAACCCACUACAAUUACUAUUAAUUGGUGAAUUUAUUAUCGAUUACAAUUAACUCUUAUUGACCCUGGUCACUAUUAUCUUCAUCAUCUCAAAAAUCACAACAACAACAACAACAGUUACUUAUCAAUUCGUUGAUAAUAGUUUUUCCGUUUUCACAAUUAACUGAUAAUAAAUACUUGUGAAAUUAACAAAAACAACAAUUAAUAACAAUUUAAACACACAGAAAGAUGAUAAUUAAAAAAAGUAUAUAUUUUGUCUCUUAAUUACAAACAAA